AUGGCUCUAUUGAGAUCAAGAUGUCCUGGAUCGGCACUGCCGCUGAUGGCCAAGUUGCUCCUUUUAUAUCUUCCAGUUUGUUCUCCGUCUCCUGUGGAAUUUGACGCCACAACUGAUGUGCUGGCCGGUAUCCGCGAUGAAAGGGGUUUGUCAUCUGCCUUUACUACGCGACGACAACCACAGCAAAGGCUCACAGAAGCCAUGAUUCGGUCCGAUUGUGUACAAGAAGAACAAGAAGAGGAUCUGAUGGAUCUGCGGAUGUAUUCAUCCAACGAUUAUGACGAUGAAUUUGACGUUCCAAGUCCCUUGUCGUCAUCCUUGUCAUCCAGUCUGCAGAGAAUGCGUUUGCCCGAAUCGUUUCAAGAUCCCCUUUUCUUGGUGGACUCACCAUCAUCUGUUCCUCCACACCACCACAAUCACCUACCGAAACAACAACUUGGAGGCAUCAAACCCACACUCUUGUCCACGGGAACUACCAUUGCCGGGGUUUGUGGAAUUGAUGCGGAAACGGGAGAGUCGUUUGUGGUCCUGGGAGCCGACACUAGAGCCACUGCAGGCAAUAUGGUGGCAGAUAAACGCUGCCAGAAAAUACAUUGUCUGGCACGGAACAUGUGGGCAUGUGGGGCAGGGACUGCGGCUGAUUUGGAUCAAGUCACACGCCACUGUCGCUAUGCCUUGGCCUUGGAAUCCUUGAGGAAACAAGGUAUUGCCAACAAUCCUCAGCGAUGGGAUCCUCCUGAGGAAUACAACAGCAAAAACGAUCUGGAGGAAAAACCUGCCACGCAUGCGGCAUCCAUGGCGACGGCCUGUAGAUUCUUUCGUGACCUAUUGUAUGAGGCACGAGGACAAACUGGCGCCAACUUGAUUGUGGGAGGAGUUGAUGAAGACACUGGAAUUCCACACAUUCGAGCAAUCCACCCUCAUGGAUCGAUGGACACAUUGCCAUAUGCAGCCCUUGGCAGUGGAGGAUUGGCGGCCAUGGCGGUGGUUGAAAGUCGGUAUCAGGCCAAUUUGACAUUGGACAAAGCCAUUGAAAUUGUCACAGAAGCAAUUCUCUCGGGCAUUCGGAAUGAUUUGGGAAGUGGAUCUCAGGUCGAUUUGUGCGUUAUACGUGUAGCAAAUGGCAGAGUUGUUUCGAACUACACAAGGGCUGCCUUUCCAGAAGAAACAAUACCCGAGGAACAGGCGUUCAACAAGAGAAGUGCCGAAAUCACAAAUGACGGGAGCAGCAGUGCAGUCGCAAGUCAAUCUACUCCUGGUGUCAACGGCUUUGGAAACUACCCUUUCUUGCUACGUUCGAAACGAUUGAUUGUACCUAGUCGCAAAGCCGAGACAACAGAUCGAGAUCGACAGUGGAAUGAACUCCUUGGGAUCGUUCAAGAGGAUUGA